AUGGCAUCGCAUGCGAACACCCCGCAAGUCUCUUUCACAACUUUCGCAUUCGCACGCGGAAAAUCUAGCGCGAAACAAACCACGAUUGCGAAGCAACGCUCCGUAGCCGACGCACGUCUUGUCUUCAACGUGGCUUCCCACCGCGGGCGUGCUCUGGCCUCGUCUAUUACUUCGGGGAUUCCCGGAGAGACCGCUUCGGAUUCAUACCGCGUCGUCAAGCUCACGUUUCCCAUGCCGCGAGGAGAGUGGGACGGGAUCGAAGGCGUCGCUGUGGUCGUCGGUGCCGGGGACCUCCUCGGUGACUGGGACCCUCUGCUCGGGGCAGAGCUGCACAAGGUCAUUCGAUCAGAUGACAGACCUGAUGGUGACGAGAGUUGGAGCGGACUUGUCGCCCUUCCUGAGGCUGCAGUCGGGGAUUUCAAAGUCGUCGUGCGACGCGCCGACCGCGUCGACCUGUGGUCCCCAGGUCCAGAUCUUGUUCUCCCACCACUUGAUAGUCUCUACUUUCCAGACGGGGCCGAAGACUGUAAUGACACUACGUCUUCCGCAUCAAUAUCGACCCUGGCAAACUCUGGUACUUUUCACUCCAACGCUGUCUCCGCGCCAGCUCUGAAGAGCAAGAUGAUCUCGGUCGAUCACGUCUUAAGAGGUGAAGAAGUUCUUGCAACUGUCGUGUUUCGCGCGACCUCAAAGCUUGAAGUUGGGGAAUCACUCGCCCUUGUCGGUUCAUUGCCUGAGCUUGGGGGAUGGAACACCGAACGCAUCGUCCCAAUGACAUGGACUGACGGGGACGUAUGGAGCGCAGCUGCACUAUUUGACGCGUUUUCGGUUUUCGGUGCACUAGAUGAAAACUCUGCUGCUGCUUGGGUUGACUUCAAACUAGUGAAAGUUGACCAUCGAAAUGGAACAUCGAGUAUCAUAUGUGAGAGCGAAAAACUACGCGUGAAAAGACUGACAGACGCGCGAGCACCUCUUCACGCCUGGCUUUCGAAUGAAAACUUCGCUGCAGACGUUGGUUUGGCAUGCGGUGACCCGAACGGAGUCGUCCCGACAGAGGAAGACUCAAGCUGGAUCGGAACCGUGUCAGUGGAAAUUUUAGGCGCCGGUUGCAGUCCCGUGAACUCGGGAGUUAUUCUGCCCAUGUCCGAAGUUUCUAUGGUGCCUAGCCCUGCCAGAUCUCAGGCAGCGGUGCAUCGAUAUGAUACAGACGCAACACAGAAGACUGGUGCGAUUUCUUCAAAGGACACUGCGCCAAUUAUCUUUUCUCUCGACGAAAAUGGGAACCUUAUGCCAAGGGUGGACCAUCAACCCCCCACGGUUGCCACCGCAUCAGAGACCGUCGACGCGCCAGAGGAAAGGUCUGAUCCUGAACGGCCACCCACUUCACCACCUACACCCAAAAAUGAGCUGGCAGCAGCGGUUGCCGAUGACCGGUUUGUGAACGCGAAUCCAACACUCAUUUCGUUCGCUGUGAACAAACAUCUGAACGACGGCGAGAAACUCAUAGUCGUCGGGAACAUCAUCGAGCUUGGUGGAUGGAACGCAGAGUCUGGAUUAGAAAUGACGUGGAGUCCCGGAGAUAACUGGACUGCGUUCGUCGAAGUUGCUCCCGACCAGGCUAUAUUCACUGGCGAACGCGACACAAACUCAAUCGAGUUUAAGCUCGUGACAGUAGAUGAAUCCAGCGGUUGGCUCGCAUGGCCUGACGGUAGUAACUACGUGUGCACUUUAAACGCUCCAGGUUGCUGCUAUGACGUCGGUGUCGGCGUGAGAGUUACGAUGACAGAGGCUGUCCCAAGCAAAAUCGUUGAGUUGCACGCGUCAAGACAAGAAUUCCAUGGUGAGAUAUCAAGCGGAAUGAUCGAAGCGGACCUCAUUGCGGCGGAGGUCGAAUCACUCGUAGAUAACAUGCAAUCACAUGAUGCGUCCGAGUUCACUGUUUACGACAUUGAUUUGUCCGAGGAGGUCAUGCUGAUGCGUGCUGCACAGGCGAGGUUUGAUGAUGCCACCGCGACAGCGGCAGAUGCAGUGAUGGCUGCUGACGCCGCAGUCGAGAAGCUCAAAGCGACAGAUAAGGAUGAUGUAGUGGCGUAUGCUCAGGCACAGGAGCACGUAAAAAACUCGUCAGUGACUGCCUUCAAAUCGGUUGAACGUGCGAAGGAAGUGAAGAACGAAGUAGUUACCGCCACAGAGGCAGUCGCGAUGCUCGCUAAACGCGAGGCAGAGGCAGCAUUCCUGGCAUUCAAGAACGCAGAAAUAGAGGGUGUGGAUGGUACGAUAAUAAAGAAAAAGAAGGCAGACGCCGAUGCCGCUUCCUUGACAGCGGUCACGACCGCAGAGCACAACGCCGUGAUGCGUAAGUAUGAAUUCCCCGAGUUUGAUGUCCCACAACUCCCUGAGCUCACCGACUCGGAGAAACGAGCUGCAACAGGGGCCAUUAUCGGCUCAUUGGGGGUAGCUGGACUCGUUGCAGAUGCGGAUCUCGCGAACGCACUCGUGAACAUAGGGGGCGAGGCAGCGAUGACUUCGGCGAUGAUGUUCUUGAUUGCGAAUAACCUCGUUUUCAAGAAGGAUCGGGAUCGUUUCGCGAAGUCGUUCGACUCACGCGCGGACUUCGAACAGUUUUGGCUCUCUGGCAGAGGCUUCGGCAAAGAUUCGUUCGCUUCAGAAGUCUUUGACGAUACGUUCCGGGGAUCCUUCGAUCCCCUCGGUCUUGAAGCGGUCGAGACAGGCACACUGUUUCGCGCUCUGAAAAAACAGGAGAGAGGAAUCACUAAACAAAAAUGCGAGGAUCAGGCCGAUGCUGCAGUGGCAGAUAAGUCUGCCGUGGAAGAAUUUGGAGAAGAUGAGGCGGAUGCAAGGGCGCCCAAAUCUUCUACCGUGUCUAUUCUUGGAAAGGCGUUCAACUCUCUUGGCUCGUCGGUCGUCUCUGAAGAGACUGACCUCGUGACGAUCGAGGGUGCAUUUGACUUUGGAGAUAAGAAAGUACAGGAGGUUAAUACUAAGUCAGGUGUUUCCGGAAAACUUGAAGAGGGCCUUGAGCCUCCUGAAGCCACCACGCCAUUUACAAAGGAGUUGUUACCACUGACGGCCAUAGACGAUCCUGGCUCAACCGUGACUUUUAAUUUCGAGACAAACGCGCCUUCGGCAAAGCUUACAUCGGAGGAAAACGAAAUAGAUUACACUCCCGAGUUUGUGCGUGAGAUAUCUGCCGGUUCAGGCGCAGACGACGAGGUUUUUGACGAGCAGUGGCUUCGGGCACAUGAGGAAAACAAGGCAAGCUCGGUGUUGAAGCGUUACAUGUCCCCGGGCGGGAGUGACACGGUGGCAUACACAAGCUGGAUGCAAAAGAAUAAAGAUAACUUGUCGACUCUGUCGUGGAAGGAGCUUGCUGAGCGGAUGAAGGAAGGCGAAAGUGGAGAUUCGUCUAAGUUGACACGGUAAUGAGAUCAUGUUUGAAAUUGAAACAGACAUUCGAUCGCCAC